AUGGCGGUGGUGUCUGCGCUGGUGCGGAGACCCCUGGAGCAGGUCUCGGGGCUGCUGAGGAGGCGCUUUCACCGGUCGGCGCCGGCGGCGCUGCAGAUGACAGUUCGUGAUGCUAUAAAUCAAGGUAUGGAUGAGGAGCUGGAAAGAGAUGAGAAGGUCUUUCUGCUUGGGGAAGAAGUUGCCCAGUACGAUGGGGCUUACAAGGUUAGUCGAGGCCUAUGGAAGAAAUAUGGUGAUAAGAGGAUUAUAGACACACCCAUAUCUGAGAUGGGCUUUGCUGGAAUUGCCGUAGGUGCUGCUAUGGCUGGGUUGCGGCCCAUUUGUGAAUUUAUGACCUUCAAUUUCUCUAUGCAAGCCAUUGACCAGGUGAUAAACUCAGCUGCCAAGACCUACUACAUGUCUGGGGGCCUUCAGAACGUGCCCAUUGUCUUCAGGGGGCCCAAUGGGGCCUCAGCAGGCGUGGCUGCCCAACACUCACAGUGCUUUGCUGCCUGGUAUGGACACUGCCCGGGCUUGAAGGUGGUCAGCCCCUGGAAUGCAGAGGAUGCUAAAGGACUUAUUAAAUCAGCCAUUCGGGAUAACAAUCCAGUGGUGAUGCUAGAAAAUGAAUUGAUGUAUGGAGUUGCUUUUGAAUUUCCCCAAGAAGCUCAGUCAAAAGAUUUUCUGAUUCCUAUUGGAAAAGCCAAAAUAGAAAGGCAAGGGACACAUAUAACUGUAGUUGCCCACUCAAGGCCUGUGGGACACUGUGUGGAAGCUGCAGCAGUGCUAGCUAAAGAGGGAAUCGAAUGUGAGGUGAUAAACAUGCGAACCAUCAGACCAAUGGACAUUGAAACAAUAGAAGCCAGUGUCAUGAAGACCAAUCACCUUGUAACUGUGGAAGGAGGUUGGCCACAGUUUGGAGUAGGAGCUGAAAUUUGUGCCAGGAUCAUGGAAGGCCCUGCGUUCAAUUUCCUGGAUGCUCCUGCAGUUCGUGUCACCGGUACUGAUGUCCCUAUGCCUUAUGCAAAGAUUCUAGAAGACAACUGUGUACCUCAGGUUAAAGACAUCAUAUUUGCAAUAAAGAAAACAUUGAACAUCUAG